GCCAUCGCGUCCCGGUCGCGCCGCCGGAGCUGGACAUCGCCGCUGGCGCUUUCUACUACCCCGAACACUCCAUGAACCAUAGCGUGUCGUCAUCAGAGGUGGCGGUCGUGCCGGACGUGCUGGCGGGCGGCGUCCCGGCGGUGCCGGUGGCGAGCCGGGGGAAGGAGCGGGAAGCGCGGCUGAUGCGGUACCGCGAGAAGCGCAAGAACCGGCGGUUCGACAAGACCAUCCGGUACGCGUCCCGCAAGGCGUACGCCGAGACGCGGCCGCGCAUCAAGGGCCGCUUCGCCAAGCGCUGCUCCGCCGAGGCCGAGGACGAGGACGAGGCGCUGCUGGAGCACGAGGAAGGGGCGUGCUUCUCGCCCGCGGUGUCGGCCCCCGCGGCCUCGGACGGCGUCGUCCCGUCCUUCUGCUAAGGGGGACGACGGGUGGCGGCCGCGCCUCCUCCUCCUCCCCGGCUCCCGCGGCAACCCCUUAAUUUUGCCGACUCUGAAUCGACCCCCAACGCAUGCCAACAUGCGAAUGCGAUGCGCGCGCUCCGUGUAGCAAAUAAUUGUACAGCAGCUCGUCCGACGCAACGAGCUCAAUCGCGGUCGCACGGAACGCCUGUAAUCCUCCUCACCAUCCGUGUAAUCCAGCCUUGUACAUUACCAUCUAGAGUGUUUGUGCUUCUCUUGCAUUGGGUGCAUCUCAGUCUCAGCAUCUGCGACCUGAAAACCGAGCUCUUCAUGCGUCAGUGCCCCCACAGCGCGGCAUCCUGACCUCUCAGAAAGAUUGUCCCGUGAUGUUCACAAGCGGUGUGCAGUUGUGUGGAGCU